UGAAUUUAUAUUAAGAGUCAUUUGGGAUAUAAAACAAAACAAAACUAAACCCAGUUUAUGUGUUUGCGUGGUUUGUUUACUUUCGUUUGCAGUUUAAACCAGUUUUUGUGUGUGUGUGUGUGUUUGUGUUUGUGUUGGUGAGUCGAGAGUGAGUGUAGUUUUUUGCGUAGAGAAGACGAGAAAUUGGGGUUGCAGGAGGACGACGACGACGAAGACGAAGAAGAAAAGGACAAGAUGAGUGUGGAUCAUGGGAAUUUGGAUUUGGACUGCCACAUUUCACAGCUCAUGGAUUGCAAACCCUUGUCGGAAGUCCAGGUUAGAGUUUUAUGUGAGAAAGCAAAGGAGAUACUCAUGGACGAAAGCAAUGUUCAGCCUGUUAAAAGCCCUGUGACAAUUUGUGGUGAUAUCCAUGGGCAAUUUCAUGACCUUGCUGAACUUUUCCGAAUUGGGGGGAAGUGUCCAGAUUCCAAUUACUUGUUUAUGGGAGAUUAUGUAGACCGUGGGUAUUAUUCUGUUGAAACUGUGACACUUUUGGUGGCCCUCAAAGUGCGUUAUCCACAAAGAAUAACAAUUCUUCGUGGAAAUCAUGAAAGUCGUCAGAUUACUCAAGUUUAUGGUUUUUACGAUGAAUGCCUGCGGAAGUAUGGUACUGCUAAUGUUUGGAAGAUUUUUACUGACCUGUUUGAUUAUCUUCCAUUGACAGCGCUGGUUGAAUCGGAAAUAUUUUGUCUGCAUGGUGGGCUGUCUCCAUCCAUUGAGACCCUUGAUAGCAUACGGAAUUUUGACCGUGUUCAAGAAGUCCCUCAUGAAGGACCCAUGUGUGAUCUCUUAUGGUCUGAUCCGGAUGAUCGGUGUGGUUGGGGUAUUUCACCCCGUGGUGCUGGAUAUACUUUUGGCCAAGACAUAUCUGAGCAAUUCAACCAUGCCAACAACCUGAAGCUGAUUGCUAGAGCUCAUCAGCUGGUUAUGGAGGGUUUUAACUGGGGACAUGAUCAAAAGGUGGUUACCAUAUUCAGCGCACCCAACUAUUGUUAUCGCUGUGGGAAUAUGGCCUCCAUUUUGGAAGUUGAUGACUGCAGAGGGCAUACUUUUAUCCAGUUUGAGCCGGCUCCAAGGAGAGGAGAACCUGAUGUAACCCGUAGGACGCCUGAUUACUUCUUAUAGUGCUGAAUUUCCUAAGACAUGUUGCGUACUGACUAAGAGAGGUGCUUGAAGCUAUUUAUAAAGAUUAAAGAUUUGUUAAUAUGAAGUUUUGCGCGGUUAGAGGGUGUUGAUGGCCCAGAGUACAUAGAGCGUGCAUUUAACCUAGUUUGGAGCUUUCAUAAGUUUCCUGAUUAUGAGCCGUGAAGCUAGCAUCUCUUUGUAUCUUUUCUUCCCAGAUUUAAGUCAUUUUUGUUUUCCAGUUUUGGUUUAUUUUAUUUAUUUUUUCUUUAAAUUUUUUUUAAUGGAUUUUGUUUUUAUUCAUUAGAAUUGUUUUGUCCAAUUUAUUUAUGACCUCAAAUGGGGGCCGCCUGUACCAAUGGAUCCACUUUAGACGGAAUUACAGCUUUUUAAUUUGAUGUUAGGAGGAUUUGAUCCGUUCCAUUCGUCCAA